CGAUGGCAGGGUCCGUAAAUCAAGCGGAAUCGAGGGUCAUUCAUCUGGGAAAUCGUGCAUAGGGCCGUCUCUUUCUCCAAGCAAGAAGCUGAACGCAAGCUCGGAGUUAGUUCCCAGUCUCUCACUUAAGCGAGCCGCGAGGGCGACGAGAACGAACGAAGAACCUAUAAACCCUCUCCCUCCCUCCUCCGCCGCGAUUGUCGACACCGACCCGUGCUCUCUGCUUCUCCGAAGAUGGUCUUGGUGCUCUGAUAGUGCACUCGCCUUCACCAACCGACUCGACUGCGAUUCUGUCUAUUUGACCGCUGGCGAUGGCCCUCCCUCUCGGGAAGCUCGCUAUUCUCGUCGGGGCAGGCGUUGUUGGGUCUGUUCUUGCAAAAGAAGGUCACCUUCCAAAUGUUUCAGACGUUUUCUCUGGUGCUUUUAAGGUGCUGAAGGGAAUCAGGAAAGAUGAGUCCACAUCAUCUGUGAAAAAGCCACGAAAUGACACCUUGAUGGCUCAGGUUAACAGCCUCAGGCAGGAACUUCAGAUAUUGGCAUCAAGUAGGCCAGUUACAAUUGUAACUGCUUCUGGAACAGGCGCCAGCAGAUACGGUAUUGUAAUAGUUGUUGUUGUGGUGGGAUAUGGAUAUGUUUGGUGGAAGGGGUGGAAACUUCCUGAUCUGAUGUUUGCUACAAGGCGAAGUUUAUCAGAUGCCUGCACAUCUAUUGCUAAACAGCUUGAGAAUGUUUAUUCAUCAAUCUCGGCCACCAAGCGCCAUUUAUCUUCAAGAAUUGAUAGCUUGGAUUGCAAUUUGGAUGAGUUUGCCCAGCUUACUGCUGCUACAAAGGAUACGGUAUCCGAUAUAAGUGCUGAAAUGGAGGCAAUUAAUGCGAAUGUUACAAGUGUUCGUAGUGCAGUAGAGAAUCUGGAAUCAAAGAUUGGUAGAAUUGAAGGCAAACAGGACUCUACGAACGUUGGGGUACUGGAGUUGUGUGCCUUUGCUUCGAGUUUGAGUAAUGGAAGAAGUUCAGAGCGUGGUCAGGCUUCACUGACCACUUCAACUAGAGCUGCUCUUGAGCCAGCCCCUGCUUCACCUGCUUCCACUAUCAAUUCAUUGCCUCCAUCACCAUCUAAUUCCAAUGGAUCUCGCCCGGUUUUCCGGCCCCUUGUCUCUGCCUCUGGCAUCAUGGAGAGUCUAGGAGAUUCAGAAGUUGCCUCGAGAACCCCUGAGGUUUCAAAUGGAAACCAAGUUCCUGAAGACGGGAGCGCCAACAAGACUUCAAGUUAUGGUAUAUUUGGAAGGAGGAUGCCAGGAAUAAAUGCUUCGUUUCUCACAAGAACGCACAGCCUAACAAAUUCGGUUCUUCGGCAAGUGCGGUCAAGUGCCCAGCAAUCAUAACAUUUCUCGGGAUCGAAAAUGAAGAAUUCCUCGUGCGGUCACACACUUGCCUCGUUGAGUGGCCAUCUAAGUCGCAUGAGCGGCCAGAAGCUGCACGACUAAAUAGGUCAUCCCCACACUAAAUUAAUUGAAAGAUGGACUGGGCACCGAAUUUUUGUAGAGAUCUAUGGUUGCUAAAAUGGUUACUUAGGUCAUUUUUGGCGUGUAUAUUGCUGGUUAUAGGCCUCUCUGUCCAGUUGGAAGUUGGGACGAAAAAGAUGAAAGUAAAAAAUAAAACUGUCCUAGUCUUUGGAUUAUCUA